AUAACUAAUUGGUUGAAGACCUUCUAAAUUUAAAGUAUAAAUAUUAAUGGAAAAUACGGUUAAUUAUAUGGAGUUAGGAAGACUAAAUUGGGUAAUUAAAAUAUUUUAAUUAUUCCCUGAAUGGAAAACCGUAUGAUCAUAAAGCUACUAAUAAUGAUGUACACAGUGUAUGCAAGGCUUGAGAUCAGUGAUAUAAAGACAAUAGGAGAAACCUUGGUUAUUCAAGAGAAAGACUUAUUAAUAUACCCUGAUGGACCACUUAAUCCAGUUAGAGGGUAUAUUAUGCAUAAGAGUGGGUAUAUGCAUAACAAGCGAUUUUAUUCACCAGAAAUAGAUACAGACUAUAGCUUGAAAAAAACCACAAAGGUAUCUGAUAGUGGAAAUCCAAUUUAUGAAUAUACAAGAAUGCCAGUUAAUGACAAGGUAUAUGAUGAUAUUAGUGAAAACAAAGAAUAUUUAACUCAGCUGCAUACGCAGUUAAUUAGAAUGUUUCCCUCACCAGAUGGAUCACUUUCUAUUGUAUCUGGAAGAAAAGACGCAAUGCAUUCAUUCUUAAUAAAAGAUGAAGUACAAGCACAGAGCAUGUACAUCCUGGCUGUUCUUUUACUCUUGUCUGAGCAGGUGAAUAUCCCCAUUAGUACAUGUAUAAAAGGAGAAAAAAGACUUAUGCUGAGGAGUGCAGAUGACACAACUACAUAUAUUAACCAGAAGAAGCCAAAUAAUUAUUUAUUGAAUCUUAUUGAGUUUCUAAAGGAAUAUAUAGACAACUGGAGUACAAACCCAAGUAGUAUAGAGAAACUGUCUACAGAGCCAACCACAUAUGAACAGUUCAUGACAGGAAACUUCUUGAACACGUGGCAGUUCCUUAUCCAGUCGUAUAUAUACGAGUUUAUUGACACAAAAGACAAUUACAUUAAGUUUGUAGAGGCUGUAUAUAUUCUCUUGAAUGACCAAAUGAAAAGUGAAAAGUCUACAUCAGAGAAUAAAGAAAAGAGUAUCCAAGUGUUUGGAAAGUGCUUUAUAGAAAAAACGGCAGUUUCUGGCUUAACCAACCAUGCAAAUCUUAUUUUUGAUCUUAAAAGGACAAUAGACAACUAUAGAAAAUGUCCAUACAUUGACAAAACAGAGAUACCCGCAUAUACUCGAGUGAAGGCGUAUAAUAGAACAAAUGAUAAAGAAGUAAAUGAUGAAGACCAAAAAUACUCUAAUUGCGUGGAAGCAGGUAUAUUAGGACUAAUUUGCUGUUUAAUGUACGACUCAGACAAUGGAAUAUAUACCACAGACCACCUGCCAAACCAAAAAAGCACUAUACCACUGAAAACAUUCUUCCAGAAUUAUCCGAAACCAACAGAGACCACUAGCUAUAAAAUGCAACAAGAUUGGUGUAGAGUAGUAGCUGAUUUAAAGAACAGUAAUAUUUCGUAUGCAAAGAACAAUAAUGAAUUAAAAAGCAGUCUGUUAAAUAUUCUAUACGUUAUAUCCGAUAUAACUGGAAAUAAAGAAGAAGUGCUUAAUGAAAUUGAGAAAAUAAAAAGAAUUUGUAGUGAUAAAGAGCCCAAUCCAUGGAUUAGUGUACAGACAAGUCUGAAUAUAAUAUUCAAAGCACUGUCAAAAAAAAAGAAUGUUAAAGUAAGUUCCGAGGAAUUUACAGUGGAUGUGCAUAUAAAUGGAGUACCUGGUAUAUUCGGUAAAUUUAGUCUACUUUAUACCUUUAAAGGCAUACAGGCAGGAGUAACAAUAGGAAUAAAUCCAAUGCAUACAAGCUUACACCUAUCUGAAAGUUCUUUAUCCGAUGAAGACAAAGCAACUAUUAAAGGAAAGCUUACUGAAAUACAUAAUAUGUAUAACAACUCAAAUAAUUAUACAAAAUGCAUAAUCAGGCAUUACAUAAAUAUAGAACUGAUUAAGAUAGAAGAACCAUGUAUAUUCAUAUCAUUAUCUGUUGGUAAUGAAAUUUUAGAUAGUAUUAAUAAUGGUGGCUAUAAUAAUGUACUUAAACUGUUCCUAUACGGAAGUAUUGAGACGGUUUAUUAUAAAGAAUACAUUAUUAAAUACUUCCUGAUUUUUUAUGUCAACCCUAUUAAACAUGAUACUCCACUAGCACGAAUGACAAAUAAUAUCAUAGGAAGUAUUCCACUGUGCGACUUACAAACAAGAAAGUAUAUGCUGACUAGUUAUUUAUUUAAUCAUAAAGCUAUAAAUUACUAUAAGAAAAUUGAAGAGAGUGUCUGGGAUGAUAUUUAUAUAUCUAAUUCAGACGAUUUUUCAUCAAUAAUGUUCUAUCCAAAUUUAUUUAUAGUCCGUAUACGAGAUGACUUCUUAUACUUCAUGAUUAAUUUAAUGAAUAAGUUAAGUAUUCAAAAUAAUUCCUACGAUAUUCUUAUAAAUUAUGAUUCUAUGAUUAAGAAUGUAUUGAAUUACUUAAAUUAUACAAGAAACCCAAAAUUCACUGCAUUUUAUACGAUAAUGAAUAAUAUAAAAGAAUCACUUAAAGAGAUGGACAUAACAAAAUUAACAAAUAUAUACUUAUCUUGGUGUAUUGAUAUACUCACACACGAUAAUACACCAGAAAAGGAUCAUUAUUUAUUAUACUUAUUUAAUAUUAUAGAUAAUAAGUAUCUUAUAUUAGAAAAUACUCAGUGGAGUAUUAAAGAUAAGUCUAUAUUACUGAACUAUUUAGUACAUAAUAAAAGUAGAUUAUGCAGUAAUAUUCCUGAAAGGAUUCAGAAGUAUAAUAAUAUUAUACGAAUACUUAGUAUUACUAUGGGAUAGUUAUACCCAGAAUAGUAAUAAUUAGUAUACACGCAUUAUUUAUGAUAUGAAUAAGCGUAUUAUCAUAAACUAUUUAGAUAAAUUAUAUGAGUGAUUGAUAUUGAAUAAAUAACAAGUUUUCGG